AUGGCAGGGGGCGCUGUGGUGGGCGCUCUGCGUCCCGGUUUCGACUGUGGAUUUGGGACGGGCUCCGGUGCUGUGCCACGGCGGGUCCUUGGGAGCAUUCUCGAAGUACGAGUCAAGGAACCGCUCAAUCGACUCCUGGGGACGCCCAAUGAAGAGACUUGGCCUGGAAUCCUGUCCAAUGAGGAAUUUCGAGCCUAUAAUUACCCCAAAUAUCGUGCUGAGGCCCUGAUCAACCAUGCUCCUAGGCUGGACAGUGAUGGGGCUGACCUCCUAGGGAAGCUGCUGCAGUUUGAGGGCAGGAAGCGGAUCUCUGCGGACGAGGCCAUGCGGCACCUACUCUUCCACAGUCUGGGAGACCGAGUCCUCAAACUCCCAGACACCACAUCAAUAUUUGCACUAAAGGAGAUUCAGUUACAGAAAGAGACGGGGCUGAGAUCGGCUUCCCUGCCUGAAUCAGUGAACGGACAAAAUGGACGACCGAGCCUGCUGCUUUGAAACCUUCCCAGAUCUGGGUUGGUGGGGCAGAAAAUAAACCAGCUCUCCCACCCUGGGCACACCCCAACUGCCGGCUUUUUUUGUGUCGAACUGUGGAACAAGGACUCGUGCUGGGAAUUUGACAGGGGUGAGGGUGGGGGUCACAGUGCCCUGGAGCCAAGGAUAAGCACCUCCUACCCCUGCCGUCAGAUGGCCGGGAACUGACAACCCUCUGCUGCUGCGAUGGACCCUCCCUCCCUCGCUGUCUCUCACACACAUACAUGCACGGUGUUUCAUUUUAUUUUUUAAGUUUUUAUUUUUUCAAUGCAAUAUGAUAAAUAUUAUAUUUACAAAUAUCUAUGAAGAGAGACACCCCCUUCCCCUUCCUCGCUCUAUCUCUCCAGCUGCGGGGAGCGUACAGUAUUGUCUGCAGGGGAACAAAACCCCACCUCAACCUGAUUGGGCAGAGAGGCGGGGAGAAGAGGUGCAUGGAGGGAAAAGCGGGAGGAGCAUAAGGACCACUGUCUGCCUAGCCGUCUUCUGCACUCUUGUAUAUCUGCAAGCGGAGGUGGGAGAGAGCUACUGUGAUCGUUCGAGCAACGGGUGGAUUCUCACUUGGUUUGAAAUCUCCCCUAUCAUCUACUAUUGGCUUUGGCUGGGGGUCUCCCUGGUAGGCAGGAGUGUUGAAAGCCUAUCUGUUGUGCCAGGUGAACAGGUAUCCUUGGAGGCCUCUUGGAGUCUUUUGGGGAGCAGUAUCCUUUUCUUCCUUUCCGCCAUCCUUCCCUCCCUGGUUUUUCAUCUUUUGUGCUUCGUUUUCCGAGGGCCUAGCAGUGUAGCCUGCUACCCCCUGCUUCCUCUUUGUGCUGUCAUAGAGCCUUUUAGUUAGUUUGCUCUCUCUUAGACCUGUGCCUCGCUUGACCCCUCCACGCAGAGUGUUUCCUGUUGGUCGGUCAUGCCUUUCGCAUGACUUGCUUGCUUACUCAGGGUUUGCCUGUUCUCCUUCAUGGGCCCGCUCCUCCAGGAACUUUUUCUGGGCAAGGCCUGUUGAAGUGGAGCUGUUGGAGCUGCUGUUGACGCAGCUCGCCCAGAAGAAAUUCCCCCUGGGCUGGAUCUCAUUCCUACCCUCCUUCAGUUCCGAAGUCUUUGGCAAUCACUGCUCGUUGCUGGCCCCUUACUUCUUAAAGCCACGGGAUGGUUUUUCCAGUACUCGGGAUCUUUGUCUGCUGUUAAAGCCUUUACAAAGUCCUCGCUUAAUCUCUGCACAGAUGCUUAUCUUACACUGACUCCGGUCCUUGCUCCUUUUUUUCCCCCCUCAGACUUCGCUCUUACUCUCUGCAGUCUGCAACUAUUCUGGACAUUUAACAUAGUGACUCCUCAGUCUUCCUGUAAACUGAGUCCCACCUCUGCCUUGUGUCAAAGGUAACCCCACCACUAUUCUGAGGGUCACUGGCCUCCAUGUUGUUCUCUCACAGGGCCCCCUAAACCAUAUCAAAAAGCUAAGAAUCCUGAGUAAGGGGUUAGUCAACUUCUGGUCUGUCAGAAGAGCCACUCCUCCCCCUCUACUUGGUGAAUCUUUAUUUUAUGGUGUAACUGACAAGCUCUCAACUUCUGCUGCUUUGACACGCAUGGACUGAAAGGUUAUUUGACCCCUGUGGUCAUUACACAAAGACACUUCAUUCUC